AUGUCACACAAAUCAAGAAAGGAUAGAAUUUCCCAUAGUGCUCUGCUUGCUGAAGGGAAGGAAGACCCCUUACCUUACAUCAAGACAGGCACCAAACCGUUAAGAACAAAAGCUAAAUCAGCUAAAAAUCCAGAAGAAGAGGUCUGCUUCGUCGACAGCAGCAGAAAAAAGAUAGGCCAUUGCAUAGCUGUUCAAAUGAGUUCACCACGCCACUCGCAGGCAGGCAAAUUUUAUAAUCCUUCAAUGCAGCUCAUAGCAUCACCAGGUAAAAUUCGGCACCAGAACUCUUCAUAUGUAGAUGGGAAGCCCCCCUUGGAGGAAACGAUAAAAAAUUUCAAGAACUUUUUGCAGCAUAAAUACGUGCAGGAGAUGCAGGAGAAGCGAAAAGGAGUCACCAUCAUAGAAUACGAUCGUCGUUUUGGAGAUUCUAUGGGUUCGAGUGCAAAUCUUGAGAAGGCUAGAUCGAAGCGCUAUCACGAGGAGAAACAGUGGUAUGAGAGGAUGAUUAAAGAAACCAACGACUAUCGCCUCAUCUUUGGCCUUGCCAAUCUUGAAUACAAUAAUAAGAACUUUGCCGAAGCUGAGAACCUUCUAAUAAGAGCUCUAUGCGUAAAAUCAGUAGACGACAGGAUUGAAACCCUCAAAGAAGUGCUUGGAAUUGUUGCUGACUAUGCCAGGCCAUACAAUGGACUUGGUAACGCCUACUACAAUAAUAGCAACUACGAUGAUGCUAUUAAGAUGUACAAGAAGAGUAUUGAGAUAAACCCAAAGUAUGAACACCCUUACUAUGGGUUGGGCAGCAUCUACAAUCAAAUCUCUAACUUUGACGAGUCAAUCAUCUGGUAUAAGAAGUGCAUCGAGGUCAAUCCCAAGUACGACUGCCCCUAUUACGCACUUGGCAACAUCUACCGCACCUCCAAAAAGUACGACUUGGCUCUACGUUACUACAAGAAGUCACUCGAAUGCAAGAAAAUCGACCCUUUGUGCUUCGUCAACAUCGCUCUUUCCUACAUGUGCAUUUUUGACUACGAGAGUGCGUAUGAGUACUUGAGGAUGGCUCGGGACAACUUGAGCGAGGUUGAUGGUCUCAGCAAGGGCAACAUAGAGUAUGUGAAGGAACAGAUUGGCAAGUACCUCAAUGAUGAUAAAUGCUUGGAGAAGAACCAGAAGGGAUUGCUUUCAUUUAAGCAG